CAGGAAGUUGGUUUUGAGGUUUUUUUCACAAGGCACAAUCAACAGUAAGACAUUCACAUGCAAACCAGGAGUCCUACCACAAUGGAGAUUGGUGACAUGAUUGAGAUAACCAGAGAUGGAUUCAAACACUGGGCUCUGUACAUUGGAAAUGGAGAGGUCAUCCAUUUGGUAACUCCAGAUGCCCCUUUAAGAGUAGCUUUCUGCAGUGUUAGCUCAUCCAGUUUUUCCUGUAAAGGCACGAUUACAAUAGAGACGUUAAAGGAUGUGGCAGCAGGGAAAAAUUACAGCAUCAACAACUACUUGGAUGGCAAGUACAAACCAAGGAGGACUGACGUCAUUAUGGAGGAGGUGGACAAAAUGAGAGGCCGCACAAUAAAAUAUGACCUCCUUGGAAGCAACUGCGAGCAUUUUGUAACUUUCCUCCGUUAUGGCAAAUCAGAGUCCAAACAGGCAGAUGACUUCAUGAAGCGUGUGUUAACUGUUGGACUGGCUGCAUUUGCUAUUUCUGCAAUCUAAACUAGUACAUAAUUUAUUGGGUCUCAUGAGUCUAAAUCAAAUCACAUUUAAUUUUUCACAUACACGUGUUUAGCAGAUGUUAUUGCGGGUGUAGCGAAAUGCUUGUA